CUUCUGAAACACCUUCAAGAUAAAAUUGCGAGGUUGUUUGUUGGGCAGAAUUACUUUGUAAAAAAGAACAGAAAAGAGGAGAGUCGCUGGCUGUAAAAAAACAGAAUUACUUUUUGAAAAAUGAAGAGAGAGGAGAGCCGAGGGCAUAAAAGAAAAAGCGAAGGCGGAGGAGCAUAACCAGAUUCGCGCGUGAUUGGAAGGAAAUUUUUUUCUGUGCGUUUCGAAUUGAUUGGCGAUGGCGGGUCUAUCGCUCAUGUGUGGGGACUGCGGUUCUCAAUUAAGAAGCGUCGAGGAAGCUCAAGAGCACGCCGAGCUCACAGGCCAUGCUAAUUUCUCUGAAUCAACUGAAGCUGUGCUUAAUCUAAUCUGCGCGGCUUGCGGAAAACCUUGCCGAUCUAAGACUGAGAGUGACUUACACACGAAGAGGACUGGUCACACAGAGUUCACUGACAAAACUGCAGAGGCUGCUAACCCCAUUGAUUUAGAGAUGAAGAAGGAUCCCUCUCCUAGCUCCUCUGUAGCUGUAGUUGGAGAAGAUACUCCCAUGUCUGAAGGUACAGAUAUGGUGGCUGCAGAAGUUAAUAAAGAGCUAUUAGCAGAACUUGAAUCCAUGGGUUUUCCUACGGCCCGUGCAACUCGAGCACUUCACUUUUCAGGCAACACUAGUAUUGAGGCUGCCAUAAAUUGGGUGGUGGAGCAUGAAAAUGAUCCGGAUAUUGAUGAACUGCCCAUGGUAUCUUCGAAUGCAAAAGAUGAAGCUGCUAAGGCAUUAACUCCAGAGGAAAUAAAAGCAAAGGCACAGGAGUUACGUGAGCGGGCGCGCAAAAAGAAAGAGGAGGAGGAAAAGCGAAUGGAAAGGGAGAGGGAAAAGGACCGCAUUCGUGUUGGCAAAGAGCUGUUGGAAGCAAAAAGAAUUGAGGAAGAUAAUGAAAGGAAACGCAUAUUAGCCUUAAGGAAAGCAGAAAAAGAGGAGGAAAAGCGAGCUAGAGAGAAGAUACGUCAGCGCCUAGAGGAAGAUAAGGCAGAAAGAAGGCGGAAAUUAGGAUUACCUCCUGAAGAUCCAAAUAAAGUUAAAACUGUUAUACCUGCAGUUGAGGAAAAGAAGGUUUCAUUGCCAGUGAGGCCUGCAACACAGGGAGAACAAAUGCGGGACCAACUCCGUUCACUUAAACAUAACCAUAAGGAUGAUGAUGCAAAAGUGAAGAGAGCAUUCCAAACGCUUCUGACUUUUGUAGGGAAUGUUGUAAAGAAUCCAGAUGAGGAAAAGUAUCGGAAAAUUCGUCUUACCAAUCCCUCCUUCCAGGAGCGUGUUGGAAGUUUUAAAGGAGCAAUAGAGUUUCUUGAACUCUGUGGAUUUGUAAAGGACGAAAUUGGUGAAUUUUUGAUUCUUUCUCGAGAUAAAGUAAACAUGCCAAUAUUGAAUACGGCAGGAGCAGAGCUAAAUUCUGCCAUUGUGAAUCCCUUUUUUGGUGUUCUUUAAUUCAUGUUUUGGUUCUAUAAGAGUGUAUAAGAGGGAGUGACACGUGAAGUUCUAAUACAAGCCUAUUAUAUUAGACACACAUAGUGGAUAUGCCUGGCAAAUGUUGUAUUAUAACACUUAUUGGCAUCCACUAUGAGGUGCACGAGAUCUUCCAGAAAUAUUGGAUAUUUAUGUUGUAUCUUUCUUUAUUACAAAUUAGCAACUAGCCAUAAUUUGAGAACUGAGUAGCAAGGAUAAUCAUCUGAAAAUUCCUUUGAAAUGUUUUUACUCGAGUUGUAAGAGGAAUGACUAAAAUUCUUACCUUUUUGCGCAA